AUGGGAGCGCUGCCGUGGAAAGGGUUAAGAGAUGCGCAGGAGGUGAGACUGAGUGCCGCAGAGUACAUCAAGCGAAAACUGCCACUUAUCUUGCGAGCGUUUAACGAAGCAGAAAGCUUUGUGAAAAGUGAGCUCGGCGAUCUGUCGUCGCAGUCGCUCCAUACUUUGCUGCUUUAUAUUAGAUCACAAAAGAGUGAAAAUUUAGAAGCGUUGAAGCAGUCCUUUCGGAAAUCGCUGCGUCGAGCGUUUCUCGUUACCAAAGCGCCCAUAGCUUUUCUACCUCUGUUGCGACCCUCUCGUGACCUGAUCAUAUGUGACGCUUUGUCAGAUAAUGAAACAGUUAUGGAUUCUGCGAAAAAGGCGACUAUUCCAUUAGCGCAGCAGAUUCGUGAAAUCGGAUACGGAUUCUGCGUCGAUGCUGAAGCAUGUCGGCGAACUCUGACAUCGCUAGGCAUCGCCGAGAUCACUCCUAGUGCGUUGGCACAAGUGUUAUGUAUGAUGUUACGAACGAACGGCUUCACGUUGGAAGGAACUUCGAUGGCUGAGGUGAGCGAAUUUUAA